AUGUCAUUGGCAUCAUACUAUUAUAGAACUAUCACUCCUCCAGAGGGCUUCGCUGCUGGUCGGCACGGCCAUACUCGGAAUUUGUCCACCUCGUCUUACUGCUCGAUCGACAAUUCACCCGAGUCACUGAUCACAACUAAUUCAACCCCCAGUCGUUCCCCGGUUCUCCGCCAACAUGGUCCGACGUUGCUCCCCAAGAUUCGGAGCCAGGACUCUUCCACUGAGCCACGUCUUGCAAAGGGCCCAGCUUCCCACAAGAGGGGGCUCUCCUCUAGUGGCGCCCAUCAGUCACGACCAACCGCGUUCCGUAGCGCCACUGAGCCUAUCGAGUGUUUUUCGAUGGCAUCUCCAGUAUCAAACACCGCUUACUCGCGUUCAAACUCGUUGAUCCCAUCGCCCACCAUGGCUUCGGCCCAACUGCGUGUUCCUUCUAACCAACACUCCCGGUCCACAUCGGUGUCAAGCGUUGAUAGCAAUGUCCUCAAUCGGUUUGGCUACCCAACCUAUCGCAAACUCCCAGUCUAUAUCUCGCAUGGCCAACAAACCCCAUCCCCUGAUCUGUUUGCGACGACCUGCAUGUCCUACCAGAACAUGCCUCUUCUCGAUCCACCUAUGAUCAACCUCGAGGGCACUUUCGACAUGCCAAUCGACCUAGAGUCCAUGUCUCGAAAUUGCUCAGCGAGCCCUCCCCCGAGGGUCGUCCACGUGCCGACCACCAGUCUAUUGACAUAUCUGACCCAGCCCACACAGCCUAUCAAUCUGGUGCGUCACCUCACCUUCCAACAAGGUCGUGGCCUAAGCAACCACUUUUGGUGGGAUGUUCGCAAUGUGCGACCAUGGAGCUCGUUCUCACUGUCCACAAUGAGUGCGAUCCCAGAUCUGCUCACCCUGCUGAACUUUCAGCACGAGACCCCAUCCCUUCCUUGCGUCCCCGGCAAUUCUACGACAGCAACACCUGGCUCUGAGGUCGAUCUUGCCAACCUAGUGUCCAAGAUUUACUUCCCCAAGAUCAACGCUGCCACAAGAUUGUCCUUGGGCAAGAAUGCCAUCUCGUUGUACAUGGCCCCGACUCCGACAGGAUCUGGGCUGAGUUCAAAUUCAUCAAACAUCCCCACAUUCCUCGCCAAUUAUACUAGUGACAAUGACCGUACUUUGUCUGGCCUUCCCAGAGGUCGUGUCGUCGGUAUUGUCAGAUCUUUCGAUCGCUGGAACACGGGCAUGAGGCGUGAGGGGCCCGCGCGCAAGGUAGAAUAUCUUCGGACGCUGGCACAUCUGCAGAAAUGCAUGCGCGAUCACAGCUGCCGGUAUGGAUUCAUCAUUACUGAGAUUGAACUUGUGUGCGUCCGGGCUGGUUGUGACGAGCGAGGCAACCCUUAUUUUGGUUUUGUCGAAGUUUCUGAGGCUGUUGAGACCAAGACUUUUGCUCGAAACGACGACAUGACCAUUGCAAGGACAGGUGGCUCAGUCCAGAUGACCGUCACUUUGGCACUCUACUAUCUUCUGAUGCUGGCAAAGUCUACUCCGCUACCUGGUCAACCUUCGAGUUUCAUGGACGUAGGUGGUUCAGGAGCGAUGACGAGAUCCAGGGUCUGGCCAGGUAGGACCAGUGUGAUUGACUUGAGUCUCGAUGAAGAUGGCGACGUCGAGGAACUAGGCAAGGAUGGAAAGGACAAAUGGAUCCCUGAGCCGCAAAUGGGCGAGAAGCGCGAGGCUAGAACCGUCCGUGGAUGGGUAUGGCCAAGUGACCCAUGGCAUAAAAGGGAGGGCGAAAGAGGAGAACGUGCGGCUGGUGCUCGGGGAGGUAGGCGAGGUUGAUGUUCUGGAGCCGAG